CGAUCGAUCGACGAAGUCACAGAACUGAUUGUACUUUUGCUUUUUAGUUUUGUCCGAAGGCUUCUGGUAAGCUCAUCAGAUGAGAAGCAAUUGCGAAAUACCAUUGCGGUCUUGCGAAGUCACACAGGGUAGCAGAUUAGGACUAGCGUCGGAGCGGCGCCCGCUCCUAUUCUCUAGCUGUUCGCCUUCUGGCAGCUCAGGCGAGAACUGGGGAGGAUAGUGCGGUAGAUGGAUUCGACUACCGAGGCUGAUUUCUGGGAGAAACUGGGAAAUCUGCGACACCGACUACACGAGGAGGAGGAACAAUUGCGUGUGCAGAAGGAGGCUAUCCGUGCACAGCGGACUCCGCAACACUGGACGACCUCACGGAAUCAGCCACACGUGGGCGCUGGCAACAGUGAUGUGACCAGAGGGGCAGUGACUCGCUAUCGCCAUAGUGAUACACGGGUGCACGACUCAUCCAAUGCAGACUUCGUAAUUAAGUCUCUGACUGAUCAGCUCGGGGUUCUGGAAGCUCAGCAACAGGAAUUGGCACGGAAUUUGGAGAUAUGGCAGCACCGGCAACCUUACCCGCAAUCCAAGCAAAUUACGCCUCGGGCCAGUGAAGAUGCGCUGCCAGCAUCGCACUUCUUGGUCACCUCCAUGCAGCAACAACACACCAUGAUGAUGGAGUUGCUGAGAGAUCGCAAGGAGGAGGCACGGCAUGCACCAGCUAUUCGACAGGAACGGUAUGACGUGCCAGCACCUGUGUAUCCUAUGUUCUAUCAGGGAGGCCUGCCUUCAGGGCCACUCUGCCAGCAGUGUCAGCAUCCGACGGGACCAGCACCGCAGCAGUAUCCUAAUCAUGCGCAGCCAGUGCCAUCACUUGGCACUCAUCCACUGCAGCCUGCUGCCAAACCCAAUCAUACUCGACGGCGAGGCCCCACAACAAUUCCAACUUGGCAGCAACCAACUCGUGGAAUGGGAUCUGAAGAUUAUGAUGUGGAUCCGAUGUCUGAACCUCACAUGAUGCCACCGGAACAAGACAGGGAAAGAGCACCUAAUGCAGCUGCAGCGGCACGAUUCAGAAAGGCAAUUUUGGCCAUUUGCAUACUUUUGUAUUGGAAGACGUACCCGGAAAAGAUCCGUGCUUGGUGCAACGAGCGGAAAGGCGUCCUGCAGCAGAAGAUCAAGCGUUCCCUGCCUUCAGCCCUGCACCAUCUGUUUAGGAAGGAAUCCGGUGCUAGACAGGUGCUCAAAACCGUCGUGCAUAGAGAUGCUAUUGAGCUGAAGAUACCGUACCGCAAGAACGCAUUCCAGCUUUCCUUCCCGAAGCCUGAAACCAAAAUGGCGUACUCUACCCUGGCGAAUGCUCUUGAGGCCAUUGUCAAAGACGUCUGUGAAUUGAAGCCAGAGAGUCCGGGACUUAGCCAGCGAGUGCCGAUGUGCAUGUCACUGCUACUCGAGCCCAACACCACGGUCUACCCUGAUGACUAUCUCUGGCCAGCGGAACAGGUCAAGUUGCAAGUUAGCAAGCAUGGCAUGCUUAAAGAGCUGCAUCCCGGAGGUGCUGAGGCUUUGAUCAUUGGCUUCGUGUUUGGCCGAGCCCUGCUGACAGAGGGUUUGUUGUCGCCAGCACAGUGUGGACUUGUCGACACAGAUCUGGAUGGAAAGCUCCAGGAGAAUCUGCAGGUUCUAGUCACCGUGCUGUACCAUGUUCUCAGGCUCACCCUUGCUGCACUUACUCAGCCACAGCAGGGCAGUGCUCGCUCAGCAUCAGUCGACCCGCUGCCUGCUGAUCCAAGCAUGAUGGAGAGAUUUCCCCUGCUGCUGCCCGACGAAGACGUCAAGAUAUACCUGAAGAAACAUGAUCGCCUGCUUCACACUUUACAGCAACAGCUGGUUAUUUGGACGACCACCUUUGCGUCACAGCUCCAAUCCUUGAGAGAUAGCAAACUUUAGUAUGGAACUUGAACACUGUGCAACAUACGAGUCGUGACCAACAUGUGCAGUGCUGGACCCUAGUUAUGACUCUGGACGGUCUGCCAUUGCAUCAGAUUCCGUUGCUGUUUCCAAGUGAGUGAUGUGUGGACCACACUCCCAGUCGGUGUCCUUUGUCCACACAUGUGUUAUCACAUUCAAUCCUGGCAUAUUCAAUCUCCAAUCUCCCAGUCUAGAAGUCUAUCAUUCCCACAGAAUCAGUCCAUGGUUGGUAUUUUUCUAGGUUGAAUAUAUGUUCCAGCACGUUUGCAAUCAACCAUUUCUAUUUGAGGUCAUGAGUUUUUUAAAUUAUUGCUACAUUGUGGCCAACUUCCAUACACUCCGAUACUCUUUUAAAACUCUUAUUUAUGACAUAAAUAACUCGGAGUUUUUGUACUCUUGCAGAGGUUAUGCGAAUGAUUUCAUUGGGUGAGUCAGCAUACCACUUAUGGGCACUAAGUGUGGAGGAAUUUCCAUUACAUCACCUUGAUCCCAUUGGGAUCUCCAAUCAUGUAACAGUGUGAUGUUAGUUGAACUGUUCUUACCUGAGCUAGGAAACGUCACACUGUGACAAGACUCAAGACAAUGGGGCGGCCAGGGACCCGAUUGAAAGGGUUCGUCGGCAUUUACAUAUACAUGCCAAACACGUCGGAGGCAUGAUCAGUCUCCGCGCGAACUCGGAACCAAAUCAGCUGGGAACACGUUUGCCUGGACGAGAUCGGGUUCUUUUGCGGGUCUGUCACGGGGAGCUUCUAUUCGCGGCCUCAGCUGAUCCAGUCAGGGUGGUGGACGAAUGGUGCAGGUGGUAACAAGUACAGCUGUACCCUGGUUAGCCCCAAAGAACUAGAGCAGAAAGAACUGGAGCAGAUACUCAACAGGACACUUCCAAGCCUGGUCAUCUAUGCAUACUCAUCCCAGUAUCGAUCUGUCUCCGUUUCUCUCGUUUAC